AUGGAUGACUUUUUUUUGUGCAUUUAGUGAUCAGAAUCCCAGAGGAGAAAAGCCUUUAGCUACUUCAUUUUCAUCUACUGUUAAGUGUUAAGCAUCUUGCAGUUAAGCAACUUUCCGUUCAUUAAUUUUCGGUAGCCAUGCGUACGGUUGCGAAAGGCGAGUUCACAAAGAUGUGGACCUUGUUCUUCAACCUUGUUAGCAUUUUGUUUCUUCUAUUUGUCGAGUGCAAAGCAGAUUUUGUCUAUAAUGGCUUGGAGGAUGCUUAUCUGACAUUUGAUGGGGCAGCUCAAGUUGCAGACAAUGGCCUCUUGAGUUUAACAGAUCAAAACAACAGGUAUGAGAUCGGUCAUGCAUUUUUCUCCGGUCCAUUUCAGUUCAAGAAUAAUGUUUCGUCUACUCCUGUUUCUUUCUCUACUACUUUCGUCGUUGCAAUAACAUCCGAAUACGGCAGUAACUUGAGUGAUCAAGGGAUGGCUUUUGUUAUUGCACCUCAGAGAGGGUUACCAGGAGCCCAAGCAAAUCAAUAUCUAGGAUUAUUCAAUGAUUCUAACAACGGAAAAUCUACAAACCAUGUUCUUGCAGUGGAGCUAGAUACUGUUUAUAAUGUAGAAUUCGAUACUGUUAGAGGUCCUCAUGUUGGAAUUGAUAUCGACCACUUGUUUUCUGUGAAUUCGACUUCCCCUGCAUACACCACCAACGGCAAGUCUAAGAAAUUAAAUAUUAUUAGCGGAGAACCGAUUCAGGUGUGGAUCGAGUACGACGGAAUAGACAAGGAACUCCGCGUUACGCUAGCUCCAAUUAAUGUAUCAAAACCAAAUGUUCCGCUCUUAUCGCUGUCCAGAGAUCUUUCAAAUCUGUUCUUAAGCAGCUCAAUGUAUGUGGGGUUUUCAGCAAGUACUCAGACUGUACUUACAUCUCAUUACAUAUUAGGAUGGAGUUUUACAAUCGACGGGAAAGCCCGGCCGCUCAAUCUCUCAGACCUUCCUCAGCUUCCUCAGCCUCUUCAGCAGCCUCCAGAGCCUCCUCAGCCUAAGAAGAAAAAGAAAAUGAAUUUGUUGUUAAUUGUUGUGCCUAUUAUAAUUGUCUUAACUGUAUUGGCGUUAUUGAUUAGCAUCUGUGUAUAUUAUAAAAGAAGAAGGAACAGAAAGCACAUGGAGGCUCCUCCAGCUGAACUGGUACCAGAGCCUAGAGAAAUGAUCAACAAUGCCAGGGAACUCAAUAACUGGCCGCGUAACUUCUCGUACAAUGAACUGAAAGAGGCUACAAAAGGAUUUAGUGAAGAGGAAGACAUUGGGCGUGGCGGAUUCGGUACUGUCUACCGAGGUGUCUUGCCCAAUUCGAAACUCCAAGUCGCAAUCAAGAAAGUCUCAUGUGAUGCAAGACAAGGCUCUAAGCAAUUUCUUGCGGAAAUUGCUAGCAUUGGCAAGCUCCGCCACCGGAACUUGGUGACACUCUUUGGCUAUUGUGUACAUGAAGGGCAGCUGCUCUUGGUCUAUGAGUUCAUGCCCAAUUUGAGCUUAGACAAGUUCCUGUAUCCGAAACGGGGUUCAUUGUCUUCAAACCUUGAUUGGAGUAAAAGAUUUCACAUUAUCGAAGGUACAGCUUCUGGUCUCUAUUACCUGCAUCAGGGGUGGGAACAAGUCGUUAUUCACCGUGAUAUCAAGUCUAGUAAUAUCUUAUUAGACGCUCAGAUGAAUGCAAGAAUAGGUGAUUUUGGUCUUGCGAAACUCUAUGACCAUGGAGCCGGCAGUGGUCCGACAUCCAGAGUGGUCGGAACACCGGGUUAUAUUGCACCAGAAAUGCCUCAAAUUGGAAUCCCAUCAACGGAGACCGACGUGUAUGCUUUUGGGGCUUUCUUGCUUGAAGUUGUCACCGGGAGGCGACCAAACUUGGUUGUGGAACGAGGUUUAGGCUUGGUUAGCUGGGUUUUGUCUUGCAUGAAAGAAAAUGCAAUUCUCAAUGCGGUGGAUCCAAGGCUGGGAGGUGAAUAUGUAGUGCAAGAGAUGGUGUUGGUGUUAAAACUUGGCUUGCUUUGUUGUCAUAACGAUCCUGCUUCAAGGCCGUCCAUGUUCAAAGUGAUGAAGUUAUUGGAUGGUGAUGCAAAUCUACGCAGCCUUGACAGGAGCGAUGAUGCACCUUCUGAUUUUGGAACUGCUGUGAGAGAAAGUCCUUCACCUCUCUCUAGCGUAAACACUGCAUCCACAUUUUCUGCUAGCGAGGCAAGUCCCUCGGGCAUCAGGGAAGUGGUUACAUAUUAAAGGACGUCCAAAUGUUAAUUUUUUUCUAUCAUUUAUAGUUGCUACUUAAUUAUGAUAAUUGAAUCAAGCUUCUAACUUCCAGAAUAUCAUGCUUCUUUAGAUUGUAGCUUCCAACUUGUAUAUUUCCAAAAUUUCUUAUGCUUCAAUUCGAAGUGAUU